UACCACGUAAAUAACAUUUUUUUUGAAAAUGACAUAUUGGUAUCACUGUAUAGAUUAUAAUUUUCUCUAUCACUUUUAUUAUGUACCACGAGUCCAUUAUAUUGUUUUUUCCCGCUCAAAUUAAAGGUUUUGUGAUACCACGUAUUACAUUUUGAUUUUGAUAACACGUAUCUACCAUAAUGAACAAUAUUAUAAUAUUAUUCAACAUAAACGCUGGUGGAGCUAGACUGCUAGUCUAAGACGGUUCAGACCUUAUAAUAUUGAACGUCUUACUAUACAGCAUUAUACAUCAUGACAUCAAAAAGAAGAAUUAAACACCUAUUGGAUCUUGCUAAUGAAGCUAAUAAUAAAGAUGACGCUAUGAACAACAUUACAUAUUAUAAAAAAAAAAGUAAGACAAAUAUUACCAAUUUCUCUAAUAGGAAACCAAAAUAUGAAACUAAUUUAAUAGCCAAUUCAUCUAUUUCAAAAACAAAAUAUUAUGAAGUUUUAACAAAAGAUUCCUUAAAGGAUAUUGAAUUCAUUUAUGAGAAUGUUGUAACUUCUAUAAAUGAACCAGAUAAUAUUUAUAAUGAAAAUAAUUUAAAUGUUCCUAAUAAUACUUCACCAACCACUGAAAAUCAAGUUGAUGACAGUAUUUAUGACAAGACUGACUGUAUAACUAAUUUUGAAACUGAUAAUGAUGAAUUUAUUAAUUAUGAUCAUGACUAUUCAAAAGAAAUUGAAAUUGAAACUUCAGAUUCAAUCACUGACAAAAGAGUGCGUAAAAGAGGUAUAAUAUCACAAAAAAAAAAUUGGAAUAGGGAAGUUAUGCAACAAAAUAGAUUGCUAGGAAAGGCAUACAUAGGGUUUCAGAGGCAAGGCAAGAAAGUAUCUCAAGAUGUAAAUAAGGAUGAAAGGAAAAUGAAACCAACAUGUGCUUCAACAUUUUGCAAUAAAUCAAAAAACAGAUACUGCGACAAUUUUUCUAAAUCUGAGAGGAGUGAGCUGUUUAACCAUUUUUGGAAUAAUUGUACAUCCUGGGCAGAAAAGAAAACUUUUUGUGUAAAUAUGAUUACCAAGACAGAAACAAAACGUAUAAUGACCGAAAAUGAAAAAAGUCGAAGAGAUUAUUCCUACACUUAUCACUUAAAAAAAGAAGACAUAUCAUUACCAGUCUGUAAAAAAAUGUUUUUGAAUACGCUCUGUUUGAAUGAAUGGAUGGUGAGGAAUUGGAUAAACUCUUCAAUUAAUGGAUUACCUCAAUCAACAAAGAAUAUAAAGAAAAAUAAUUUACAAAACAAUCUAAAUUUGGAAUUUGAUAAAUCAGAUAUUAUGUUUUUUUUUUUUAUAAUUAUUAUGUUUUAACAAGAUAUUUUUAUUUUAGUUAACUGUUGUAUAUUUUAUAUUAUUAUUAUUUAUACUACACACCUAGUUCAAGUUUUUGAUUUUAAUUAAUAUAUUUUAUUGUUUAUGUUUUUUAUUGAUUUGUAAAAUAAAACAGGUUCAUUUAUUUCAAAAUUUAAAAUGUAUUUAUAGCUGGUUAUUAUUUGAUACUAUAAUACAAGCCGGUAUCCAGGGGGAUUUUAGGGGUUCACCCCCCUUCCAAAAAAAAAAUUGAUCCUGAGUACGUGCUUGCUUUAAUACAGUUUUGAUAUAUUUUAAAGACGUAUUAAUUAAUAUUAUAAUAAUAUUAUUAAAUAAGGUAUUAUAUAAAAUUAAAUAAAUAUAAAUUACACGUAUCUACAACAUUUGUAUUUAAACAACACGUAUCUAAAUCCUUCAAUACCUCGUAUCUUCAUUAUAUUGCUGAAAA